AUGAGCGAACGCAGUAAGACAGUUGCCGUCAUUGGCUGUGGAAUUUCUGGCCUAACUGCAGUCAAGUGCUGCCUGGACGAAGGCCUGCAACCAACGUGCUUCGAGAGGUCAGAUGGCAUUGGUGGUCUGUGGUACUACCGCGACAACAGUGAAUACGGGAUAAUGACCACGGUCUACAAAUCGACCAUUACCAACACCAGCAAAGAGGUGACGAGCUUCAGCGACUUCCCUUUUCCAGGCGAGUGGCCAAAUUUUCUGCACCACAGCUACAUGAAGAGGUACCUGGACAUGUACGCCGACAAGUUUGGCCUCAAGAAGCACAUCCGUUUCUCUACGAGAGUGACCCGCUUGGCUCAGGCACCAGACUACGAGGCUGCUGGGCGAUGGGUCGUCACUAGCCAAGCGGAAGGAGUGUCUGGGCACGUGGAGGAGUUCAGCCAGGAGUUUGAUUCUGUGAUGAUCUGCACUGGGAUGCUCAACAACCCUAACGUCCCAGAGUUUCCAGGCCUUGAGGGAUUCCAGGGGGAGGUUAUUCACAGCCAGGCUUUCCGGAGGCCAGAGAAAUUCGAAGGCAAACGAGUGGUUGUAGUUGGGAUUGGCAAUUCAGCAGGGGAUGCAGCUGUAGACGUCAGUCGCCUGGCAUCACAGGUGUACUUGAGUACCAGACGUGGCGUGUGGAUAGUCAAUCGCAUUGGAGACUACGGUAUUCCGUGGGAUCUCCAUUUUUACAGAAGAUUCCACCUGGUACCAGCAAAACUUCACGUCAUGCUUUUCGUGAAAUCCCUCAAACGUAAGUUCAAGAUGCUCUAUAAUUCUCUGAGGCCGGCCCACGAUUUGUUGGCCGGCGAGGCACUGAUUACAGAGGACAUGCCAGGUUGUAUCAUCAGUGGCACAGUGAUGAUCAAGGCAAACAUCGCAAGCUUCACCAAGACGGGCGUGGUUUUUGAAGACGGUACCACCGAGGAGGACAUCGAUGCCGUCAUCAUGGCCACCGGCUACAAGGACACGCUGCCCUUGGAGGUUGAUUGCCAAGCACUGGAGAUGAAAGAUGGCCACCUGCCGUUGUACAAGUUGGUGUUUCCUUUAGGUCUAAAGCACAACACGCUGUCGGUCAACGGCGCCAUCAGACCCUUAGCCGCAGUCCUCCCGUGCGUCGAGCUUCAGGCUCGCUGGGCUUCGAGGGUGUUCAAAGGGUUGGCUAAGCUACCAUCCCAGCCGGAUAUGGAGGCUGAGGUGAAGGCGACUGACGAAGCCAUGAAGGCCGCAUGUUUACCUAACCACCGACACAGUGAUUUCCAAGCCUACUGCAUCAGUCUGGCGUCUGAGAUCGGAGUCGAGCCAAAUUUCCUGAAGCUCUUCCUCACCGAUCCCGUGCUGACUCUCCGGUGCUUGUUCGGACCCCUUGUACCAUACCAGUUUCGAUUGGUGGGUCCUGGGAAGAAUGAUGAAGCCCGGAAGGCCAUCAACACGGUUUGGGAGCGGAUCGAGAAGCCAACCAAGACAAGACCCAUUGGCCCAAUAGAAGACGCCCGCCAUCUCGUCAUUCUUAUUGCUUUCUGUGUUUCUGUGCUUGUAGUCGUCAUGGCCUGGAUUUUGUUGUAAGCAGAGUUGGAAGGCCAUACAACCUUUCGAAAUAGUUUUUGAAGCAGAUUAAUACUGACUUAUGGGCCUAGACGCCACCAAAUGUUG